AUGUCGUGGCUAUGGGAUUGGAUGUAUGGAGUGCUCAACUUUCUUGGGUUAUCAAAGAAAAGCGGCAAACUCGUUUUUCUUGGUCUAGACAAUGCUGGAAAGACUACAUUGCUUCACAUGUUGAAGGAUGAUCGAAUGGCACAACACGUUCCAACAUUGCAUCCAACUUCUGAAGAGCUUUCCCUUGGGGGAAUUCGUUUCACUACUUUUGAUCUUGGCGGUCACGCUCAAGCUCGACGUGUGUGGAAAGAUUAUUUCCCUGCAGUGGAUGCUAUCGUCUUCCUUGUCGAUUGUGCCGAUCAUGAGCGAUUAGUUGAGAGCAAAGUCGAGUUGGAAAGCUUAUUGAGAGAUGAACAAGUUGCUUCAUCACCUAUUCUUGUUCUUGGAAACAAAAUCGACAAGCCAAAUGCUGUUAGUGAGGACCAAUUGAAGUGGCAUCUUGGAAUUCAACAUUUAUGCACAGGAAAAGGAGAAGUGGCACGAAGCGAUCUGGCCUCUCGACCGGUUGAAGUAUUUAUGUGCUCAGUUCUUCGGCGUCAAGGAUAUGGAGAGGGCUUCAGGUGGCUUUCCCAGUACCUUGAC